GGCAAACGCAUAAAUAAAUUAAAAAAGUUGUUAUAGCCAAACACCCUCUAAACAUUUUAUUAUCCCAAAAAAACAAAACAGAGAAAUGGAGUCAAAAUCAAGAGCCGUUUCUUCAUCAUCAUCAUCUUCCAAAGCAAAGAUGAUAAUCAGUUUCACAAUAUUGUCAAAGGAUAUUGCAAUGGACAUUUUCUCAAGGCUACCCACAAAUUCAUUGGGUAAAUUAAGGUGCGUUUGUAAAGAAUGGAAAACCCUAAUUUCUGACCCGGAAUUCAAAUCCCUUCACAGAGCACGUUCUUCUCAAAAACCCAACAUUAUCUUUGUCCACAGUCGUAGCGCAACUGCAAAUAAAUGUUCCUGCAGUACUACUACUAGAUUGCGUAUGUCACCAAAAAUUGAUUGCACUACUAGAGUAUGUAUGUCGUCAGUUGAUUUUGAAGGGAAUCCUAAUUUUGACUUUACUUUGACUUUCGAUGGUUGGGUCAAUUUGUUGCCUUCUAAAGGGGAGUUAAUUUGUUUUGUUGGUACGGAAGGGUUUUCUGUAUGUAAUCCAAGUACUCGAGAAUUGGUUAAGUUAGCUUGUUGUACUAGUAUUCCUCCUACUUGUGACGGUAGUGCUUUUGGAUAUAUAAAGGAGAGGAAUGAGUAUAUUUUGGUUAAUGCUCGUGGUAUUGAUAAUGAUACGGGGUGUGAGGUUAUGAGAUGGACUGAUGGUUGUUGUUUGAAAGAUCGUUCUUGGAAGGUUGUUAGUGCAAAAUGCCCGUAUUAUCUUCGCAGUUGGGGGGUUUUGGUUGACGCUAUGUUUUAUUGGAUUGGAUGUAGGGACAAGAAUAAUGAUUUCAAGAUUGAUGCAAUCGUCUCGUUUGAUUUGGGGAAAGAGGAGUUUAGUACGGUGGUGCUACCAGAAGGUCGUUUUCAUCCCGAGAGAGUUUUGUUAUUGAUGAAAAUGAAGGAGAUGCUGUGUUUGGUUUAUUUAUCUGAGGACAACUCUACCAUGGAUAUUUGGAUGUUGAAAGAUUCCAAGAAUUAUAUGUGGGUUAAGGAGUACAGAAUUGAUCUGGGAAUUUUUGAUCUCAGCAAGCGAUUUAUUACUCCAAUGGAUCACAGGGAAGGGAAAAUUCUUUUGAAUGUAAAGUCUGAAAGUUGUCUUGAGUGGUAUGAUGUAGAGAACAAGUGCUUCAUGAGAAUAAACAAUCUAAAAUCCCGCCGAUGGAUCUGGUGUGGACUUUGCACUGAUGGCUUGUUUUCCUUGGGAAGUUGAUAGGCAGCAAUAAUAUUUCUGUAUGUUAGGUUUGGGCUUUCGUCCUGCUGUUUAUUGUUGUUUCGUCAUUCGUAAUGCUUAGGAUUUCACCUUUUGCUUAGAGUAAAUUAGUUAAGCUUUUUGAAAGCUGACCAAACAAUGCUCUAUGAUAUUGCAGGGUUAUCUUGUGGUCUUUGCAAUGUAUUUAGUUGAACUAUUACAUUUUAAAUGUUGUUUUGGAAUUACAUUCAUGUUAGAAGUGUUUCAUGUUCAUUA